GUCAUAAUUUCUGACUCACAAAUCAAAAUUUUCAGUCAUGCAUACAACCAAAAACCUACAUUAAAUAUUUAAUUUCGAAAAUAUCUUCAAAAUUUCAAGUGAAACCAAACGAAAUGGCGUUCGUUUGCCCACCGAAAGAUUCGGCAGAACAACAACUCAAAGUUAUUAAAAAUAUUAAAGAUAUCGUCGAAAAUUUGGAAAAAUCGAUGACUAUAGGUGUUAAACCGAUAUGUAUUCCGGCGUGUAUUCCUAUAGCGGAUUAUCCAAAACCAGCUAAAUCGACUACUUGUUGUCCACCAAGUUGUAAUGUACCGGUUAAUUCUAAACGAGAACCUCCGGACGUUAUGGUUUGUUACAAGGUUUGUUCGAAAGAACCACGUGGAAAACAAGAUAAACACGGAAAGGUAACCGGCAGUAAUCCAAAAUUUGAUUACAGAACUUCUAAAGCGCUUGAAUUGAGAUCGAGUUUUUUCAUAUUAUGCGGUUGCAAGCGACGCAACGGAUUACAAGAUUUUUGUCCUAGAAUGGAAUGCAACGGUUCGCCAGAUUGUACACCUUUUCCGCCACGUUGCGGACCAAGUAAAUUCGAUCCAACUUAUGUUGGCAUUACCGAAGAGCAAAAAUUACUCGAAAUUAACAAAAUGCGGAAAGGUCAAAAUUCUAAAAAAGCAUGUUUCAAAUGUUUUCCUGCAGUUAUUGAAGAAACUGCAAUCUGUAACUGAUGUAUUGUAAAAAUUUCGAAAUAUAUAUUCGUGUUUUCAAAA